AUGCCUAAUCGGACGAGUUUACCUCAAACGAACAAAUCUUAUCUGAUUACCGGCAUUUGCCAGUGUGAGCUCCCAGUCGAACUUAUUUUCGAGGUCCUCUCGCACCUCCCCCUCAAGAAUCUUGCAGUAUUCCCUGUAGUUUGUCGAGAAUGGCUGGAAUUCAUCAAAGAAAACGAGUCAACAAUCUACCACAACGCUGCCCAGUUCCACAACUUCGUUCCGGCCUCUUCCAGUUCUCAACGACUCCAUGAGGCUUUGAAAGAGCUAUACUCUCAAAGAUCACUCCAAGGAGUGAAUUCUUGGAAAGAACUAUGCCAACGUCGUCUCCAAAUCCAGCAGAGUUGGCUUGGUAAUGCCCCAUCCCGCAUAGUCCGACACCACACCUCACCCAACCGUCGUGUCCAUCGCAUCAAAGUCGACGAAUUGGCCGGGUUCAUCAUCACCACUUCUCAGAGUGGCGGUCUGGCCGUCACUGAUAUCAACACCGACCAGCUGCUGUGGUCUUUACCCGAAACAUACGUGCGCGCCUACGCACACUGCGAAUACUCAAACGGAUACAUCAUCUUUGACCGCUUCACCUCUGAAAAAGAAAUCUGGCGGCUCUCCUCCAUCGAUUCCGUCUCCGCCGACUCCUCCUCCUCCCUUCCUGACACCAUUCAAACCCAAAUACCACCCGACGGAUCCCAUCCCGGGCUAUUCAAACCCCACGCACUCCUCCAAACACCCGAACCAACACGUGCCUAUCGUUUCGUGUACCCUACACUCCUAGUCGCAGCUUUCGAGCGCGUCUAUCUAUAUGACGUACCCUCCGCACGUCUCGUCCAGAUCAUCGAGAACAUACAACCAUUAACCACUAACAUCAGCCUCGGAACGCUGAAUUACGUGGACCUCAGUGCGAGACACGUCUUCCUCUGCGGUGGGCAUGCCCUUCGGGUGUUUGAUAGAGGUACGGGGAGGGCGGUGUUGACUCUCCCAUCGAACAAGUUUGUAUAUGGAAGGUGGGGGUAUAGGUUGGAGACUGGGCCGAGGAAUGAGAGUGCAAUGGGGUCGGUGCUUGUUGAGCAUGAGAUGGAGGCGAUAAUGUGUGGGCCGGGAACCGAACUGAAUCAGUAUUUCGACGAAUUCGUAGCUGUCCACGUCUCCCCAUGCGGCUCACACCUCGUCGGACUCUUAUCAAGCUCUCGCCUCAUCAUCAUGCCCCACUUCGAACGUGCCAUCCACAACCAAAUGGACAUCUUCGACUUGACCCUUGACGUCCAACUAGGUUCACCACAUGCUCAAUCCGUGUAUCUCGCGUAUGAGAACAACCGAGUGGCAGUGGUCACUGGAACAGCACUCUUCAUAGUCCACCUACCCCCCUUCGCCCCCUCCUCCAACUUUCCCGCAACCCCACCUCCCAUCCGGGUAUUCCGCGUUUUCUCCUUCUUGAACCCCGAACGACUGGGCUCCGCGUCGUGUCUCCAGAUGUCAGACACGGGGAUCUACCUGAAUUGCAAGCCGUCUUUCGGAGAUGAUGCUGACGACGAUGAUGACGACGAGGAUGAUGAUGAAUUGGACCCAGAGAUGCUGGAAGACGCGUUUUGGGACUCGAUAGCUGAUCAAGCUACUUAUGCUGUGCUCCCGAAUGGGGAUUACAUGGUAAUCACAGAUGAUCACGGCGUUGGGCAUACGAUGCGUUCUUCAGACGUGUAUAGUGUUGAUUUUGUUGAGCGAUAUUAUUCAUAA